AUGAGAGCAUGUGAAAAAUUAUCACUUUUUAAGUUAGAAGAAGCAGCUGCAAAGACACCGGAUGGUACAUGCUUUUUGUUGAAUGUUUCUUUUUCUUGCACAGCGAUUAAAGAUGUAAAAGUGGAACACAUCUCAAAUAAAAUCAGACUGUCAUGUUCUGAAGGAAAUAUUUCAUUAAAGAUCGAUGGUCCAGGGACAAAAACCUUGGACCUGCCCUACAGAGACGAAAACUCAGGGGAGUACACAUGUGUGAAAUGGGGACAAAAAAUCUAUGUGAAGUUUCGGAGCUGUGACAACUGCGUAGAACUGGACAUGACCUCUCUGGUCGGCAUGGCGAUAGGACAGGUGGUGGCCACGUCUGUGGUCGGAGUGGCCGUCUACAUCCUGGUUUCUCAGGCUCAGACUGGUCGAGUCGCCCCUAAACAGAAAAACUCCAACAAGCAGCAUCAUGGCCCCAAUGAGACGAGCCACAGACCUACCAAUGACCAUUACCAGCCUUUGAGACGAGAUGCCCAAAAGAGAGAUGAGUAUGACGAACUCCAGCCUAAAAGGAGAUACAAUUAAAAGGAAACAAUUCCUGGCACUGCCUCAAACGUGGAUGCAUCCCAGAUGUCUGCUACCUGCAUCAAGCUGCCCCCCCCAGCCCUGCCUGUAGAUUAUGCUGUAAAGGAGGAUCAUUUAUGAGUGAUUUCUUUCUUCUCAACUUAUGAUAUAGUGUAAGCCACUGUAGUUACUCAGAUAUAAAUCAAAAUGUUUGUCUUCAUUACUAAAAACAAUAAAC